AUGGUGGGGGAGAUGGAGGGGAAGGAGAAGCCCAGGCCCAGUCCAGAUUAUCUGAUGCAGCUCAUGAACGACAAGAAGCUGAUGAGCAGUCUGCCAAACUUCUGCGGCAUCUUCCAACAUCUGGAGAGACUGCUGGACGAAGAGAUCAGGCGUGUGAGGAAGGACAUGUACAACGACACGCUGAACGGCUCUGAGCGGAGCAGCGAGCUGCCGGACGCCGUCGGUCCCAUCGUCCAACUGCAGGAGAAACUCUACGUCCCUGUGAAGGAGUAUCCUGAUUUUAACUUCGUGGGGAGGAUCCUCGGCCCUCGCGGCCUGACGGCGAAGGCAGCUGGAGGCGGAGGACAGGAUUGUAAGAUCAUGGUGCGAGGGAAAGGCUCCAUGAGAGACAAGAAGAAGGAGGAGCAGAAUCGAGGGAAGCCUAACUGGGAGACCCUGAACGAGGAUCUGCACGUCCUCAUCACGGUUGAAGACGCUCAGAACCGAGCGGAGAUCAAACUCAAACGAGCCGUGGAGGAAGUCAACAAGCUGCUGGUUCCCGCGGCGGAGGGGGAAGACAGUCUGAAGAAGAUGCAGCUGAUGGAGUUGGCGAUCCUGAACGGGACGUACAGAGACGCCAACAUCAAACCAUCCUCCUCUCAGGGUUCUCGUGUCCUGUCUGGUCCCGGUCCGGUUCUCGCCCCCCAGGCGGCCCUGCGUACCCCGCCCCCGCAGGUCCCACCCCUCAUGCCUCUGAUUCGUCAGAUCCAGACGGUGCUGCCCAAUGGGACGCCUCACCCGGGCGUGUCGGCUCUGAUGCCGCCGGGCGCCGUCGGUCUGAUCUACGCCACGCCGUACGACUACCCGUACGCUCUGGCGGCGCGGCCUCCAUCUUGGAGUACCCCCUGGACUCUGGGGGGGGUGUUAGGUGCGGUGGCGGCUAAAGUUGGGAGGCGAGAGCUGCGCGUCCAUCCUUACCAAAGGAUGCUGAGCGCAGGCAAAGGUUAGUCCGCUCAGCUCGCUCUCUCUCUCUCUCUCUGUUCUCCUGCCUUUCCCAGAAUGCACCACAGACAACCUGAACUACAGCUAGACACUAAAACAGCUGAUGUCUCCUGAACAGAAAUCAUUUGAGAACAGGAACAUGUGCAUUGUGGGAAACGCAGUCCAGAUGUGUGAUAGUGAUGCCUGCCCUGUUCACCAGCUGAGCCUUGUCAUCCGGUCGUCAUCAUGUGAUCCGACAGCUAACAGAAACUAAAUGUUUGUUUUUCUGAGUUGACGAUGUCGGUGUUUAAAAUGACUUCCUUUUACUUCCUGUCCCGUUAUUUUGAGGACACGACGAUGUUGAUGACGAAUAACGGAACAAAAACUCUUUAACUAGAAAUGAUUCGUUCCUUUAGCUGUAAGAAGAAAAACUUUAUUUACCUUUUAACAAAACCUCUCGUUCGCUGUCAGAAUCUCAUGUUUCACUUUCAUCUCUGAGUCUACGACGUUUUCAGCCAAUGAAGGAAGAACGUGAUCGAUUACUGUAAGGAGCUAUUUUGAGGUACUUGUACUUUACUUGAGUAUUUAAAUAUUCUGCUACGUAUAUUUUAUGUAGGGCUGGGCGACAUAUCGAUAUCGUGAUAUGAGACUAGAUAUCGUAAUAUCGCGAUACAGCAGAAGUGUUUAUAUUCCUGCUUUUAAAGACCGUGUGAAAUGAAUUCAGACAUUUUCUUCUAAACACAUUAAAUAGGUCUUAACUGUAUUUCUAAAAAAGGUGUAAAAAGCAUUUCAACCAUUUAGAUUUGAAUUGUGGAGCUAGGUUUAGCAUAAAC